AUGUCGGCAAACAGGCCUACGGGUAAAGGAGGCCCGCGACCUCCCGCACAAGACGUGAAUUUCGAGGAGUGGAACGAGGCGCAGCUUGAAGCCGCUCUCCAAAAACUCAAAGAGGCUCAUCUCAAACCCCGAGCGCUCGACCUGCUGACACAUUUUCUGAUUCCUGCAACAGCCGAGAUUCUACAUGCCAAAAGCCACGCGUCGCUCUUGGGGGCAGCGCAAGAAGUUAAGGGCUUUAAAGAGUACAUCACCAACGAGGAGUUCCGCAAGGUUGUCGACCAUGCUACCUUGAGCCGCAGACGCAAUGGAAAGAAUAUCAAACCUUGGAAAGCCCGAGAGGAGCCGGACUGGGCUACUCUCUGA